GGAGAAGAGUUCGAGAUCGUGGACCGGAGCCAGCUGCCUAGCCCUGGCGAACUGCGGAGCGCGGCCAAGUCGCGGACCGGGCCGGAGGGCUGGUCGGCGCCCAUCCUGACCCUGGCGCGAAAGGCCACGGGCAACCUGUCGGCGAGCUGCGGGAGCGCGCUGCGCGCGGCCGCGGGACUGGGCGGCGCGGACGGCGGCGCGGACGGCGCGGCGCGCACAGCUUCCAGGUGCCAGAUGAUGGAGGAGCGUGCCAACUUGAUGCACAUGAUGAAACUCAGCGUCAAAGUCUUGCUCCAGUCUGCCCUGAGCCUGGGCCGCAGCCUGGAUGCGGACCAUGCCCCCUUGCAGCAGUUCUUUGUAGUGAUGGAGCACUGCCUCAAACACGGGCUUAAAGUUAAGAAGAGUUUUAUUGGCCAAAAUAAAUCUUUCUUUGGUCCUUUGGAGCUGGUGGAGAAACUUUGUCCAGAAGCAUCAGAUAUAGCCACUAGUGUCAGAAAUCUGCCAGAAUUAAAGACAGCUGUGGGAAGAGGCAGAGCCUGGCUGUAUCUUGCACUCAUGCAAAAGAAACUGGCAGAUUACCUGAAAGUGCUCAUAGACAAUAAACAUCUCUUAAGUGAGUUCUAUGAGCCCGAAGCAUUAAUGAUGGAGGAAGAAGGGAUGGUGAUUGUCGGUCUGCUGGUGGGACUCAAUGUUCUUGAUGCCAAUCUCUGCUUAAAAGGAGAAGACUUGGAUUCUCAGGUUGGAGUGAUUGAUUUUUCCCUCUACCUUAAGGAUGUGCAGGAUCUUGGUGGUGGCAAAGAGCACGAAAGAAUUACUGAUGUCCUUGAUCAAAAAAAUUAUGUGGAAGAACUUAACCGGCACUUAAGCUGCACAGUUGGGGAUCUUCAAAGCAAGAUAGAUGGCUUGGAAAAGACGAAUUCAAAACUUCAAGAAGAGCUUUCAGCUGCAACAGACCGGAUUUGUUCGCUUCAAGAAGAGCAGCAACAAUUAAGAGAACAAAACGAGUUAAUUCGCGAAAGAAGUGAGAAGAGCGUGGAGAUAACAAAACAAGACACAAAAGUUGAGCUGGAGACUUACAAGCAAACUCGGCAAGGUCUGGAUGAAAUGUAUAGUGAUGUGUGGAAGCAGCUAAAAGAAGAGAAGAAAGUCCGUUUGGAACUAGAAAAAGAACUGGAGUUACAGAUUGGAAUGAAGACAGAAAUGGAAAUUGCCAUGAAGUUGCUAGAAAAGGACACCCACGAGAAGCAGGACACCCUGGUCGCCCUCCGCCAGCAGCUGGAAGAAGUCAAAGCGAUUAAUUUACAGAUGUUCCACAAAGUUCAGAAUGCCGAGAGCUGUUUACAGCAGAAGAAUGAAGCCAUCACAUCUUUUGAAGAAAAAAACAACCAAGUUAUGUCCAGCAUGAAACAGAUGGAAGAAAGGUUACAGGUCUCGGAGAGGGCGCGGCAGGGGGCCGAGGAGCGGAGCCACAAGCUGCAGCAGGAGCUGGGGGGCCGGACGUGCGCGCUGCAGCAGCAGCUCUCCCAGCUGCACGAGCAGUGCUCGAGUCUAGAGAAAGAGUUGAAAUCAGAAAAAGAACAGAGACAGGCUCUUCAACGAGAAUUACAACAGGAGAAGGACACUUCUUCUCUACUCCGAGCAGAGCUACAGCAAGUGGAAGGAUUAAAAAAGGAGCUGCGGGAGCUCCAGGACGAGAAGGCGGAGUUGCAGAAGGUUUGCAACGAGCAGGAACAAGCCCUCCAGGAAAUGGGCCUGCACCUCAGCCAGUCAAAGCUAAAGAUGGAAGACAUCAAAGAAGUAAACAAGGCACUGAAGGGCCAUACAUGGCUAAAGGAUGAUGAAGCAACGCACUGUAAGCAGUGUGAAAAGGAGUUCUCCAUCUCCCGGAGGAAGCACCACUGCCGCCACUGCGGCCACAUCUUCUGCAGCACGUGCUCCAGCAACGAGCUGGCCCUGCCCUCCUACCCCAGGCCCGUGCGCGUGUGCGACAGCUGCCACACCCUGCUCCUGCAGCGCUGCUCGUCCUCCGGCCACUGACCGGGUCCAGG